AUGACGAAAAUUGAUUUUCGCAUUGUUUCUCCGUCUUGGCUUGAAAAAGUAUAAUUUGCAACAGGCCGAAACGUUUCUCUGAACCGCGAGGAAACGCUCGGCCUAAACUCAAAGAUCUGUGGCAUCGAUUACCCAAAUUUCUUCGCGUCAAAUGCCAAAAGGCCCAAGACCCAUUUCGAUUCCAUGUCCAUGUGACAAAACCCCCCAGCUUACUUCUCUCGCCUGAUCCAGUUUCUGCAAGGUCCCUGAACCAAAAUCUCAUCCUGGGAUCCUCAAAGGUUUUGGAAUCUUGUAUGUAUGGUUUCUGGAUGCGUGGUUCGAACAUAGAUUAAAAUCUAUCAAGAAACUGUGGUGAAUAUGGAGCAUAUAAAUCCACAGUUUGGAACCAAUAACGAUGAAAGGAAGGAAUCUCCUGCUAAGCCUUCCAGAGGUGCUUUAGCAUGUAUGGUAAAUUCUGAAAUAGGUGCUGUUUUGGCUGUGAUGCGGAGAAAUGUUCGAUGGGGAGUUCGCUAUGUGGCAGAUGAUGAUCAUCUAGAGCACUCUCUAAUCCAUUCAUUGAAAGAAUUACGAAAACGUAUAUUUUCUUGGCAACAUCAGUGGCAUAAGAUCGACCCAGCUGUGUACCUCCAGCCAUUUUUGGAUGUCAUACAAUCUGAUGAAACUGGUGCACCAAUCACAGGAGUUGCAUUGUCAUCUGUUUACAAGAUAUUGAGCCUUGACAUACUUGAUCUUGAUACUGUAAAUGUUGGUGAUGCUAUGCAUUUAAUAGUUGAUGCUGUGACAAGCUGCCGGUUUGAGGUCACUGAUCCUGCCUCUGAAGAAGUGGUAUUGAUGAAGAUACUUCAGGUUCUUCUAGCUUGCAUGAAGAGUGCGACAUCAGUUAGGUUGAGUAACCAGCAUGUCUGCAAUAUUGUAAAUACAUGCUUUCGUGUAGUUCAUCAGGCUAGCUCUAAAGGUGAAUUGUUACAGCGGAUAGCACGCCAUACUAUGCAUGAGUUGGUUAGGUGUAUUUUUUCUCACCUGCCUGAUAUCAACAACAUAGAACAUGCAUUGGCUAAUGGAAGCGGGUCAUCUGUCCGUAAAGAGGUGGGUUCAAAAGACGAGGAUCAUACAUCUGAAAAUAAACAGCUAGAAAAUGGCAAUGCCGGAGUUGAAUAUGAUGGUCAAUCAUCCACAUAUGCAUCAAAGGCUCCUAUGAGCGCAUCAGCUAGUGGGACAAGUGAUAGUGGGAUGCAUGAGAACAUAACUGAGGUUAGUAAUGGAAUGGAGGCGACUAAAAAUGAUGAGAAAGUUAUGAUGGAACCCUUUGGGGUCCCAUGCAUGGUGGAGAUAUUUCACUUCCUCUGUUCUCUGUUGAAUGUCAUUGAGCACGUCGAAUUUGGUCCUAGAUCAAAUCCUAUAGCAUAUGAUGAAGAUGUUCCGUUGUUUGCAUUGGGGUUAAUUAAUUCGGCUAUUGAAUUGGCUGGGCCCUCAAUUAAUAAACACCCGAAGUUAUUGGCCAUUGUUCAAGAUGAAUUGUUUCAUAACCUUAUGCAAUUUGGUUCAUCGAUGAGUCCGCUGAUUCUCUCAACAGUAUGUAGCAUUGUUCUUAAUCUGUAUCAUCAUUUACGAACUGAGCUCAAAGUGCAGCUUGAAGCUUUCUUGUCAUGUGUGCUUUUGAGGCUUGCGCAAAGCAAGCAUGGCUCUUCAUACCAACAGCAGGAGGUUGCUAUGGAGGCUCUGGUUGACCUUUGCAGACAGCAGACAUUUAUGGCCGAGAUGUAUGCAAAUUUUGAUUGUGACAUAACCUGCAGUAAUGUAUUUGAAGACCUUGCUAACCUAUUAUCAAAAAGUGCAUUUUCUGUGAAUGGACCUUUGUCUGCAAUGCAUAUUCUUGCCCUGGAUGGUUUAAUAUCAAUGGUUCAGGGUAUGGCUGAGAAGAUAGGCGAUGAACCAGCUACAUCAGAAGCUUCCAUAGAUGAUGAGGGAUAUAAGGCAUUCUGGACAAUGACAUGCGAGAACUAUAGUGACCCUAAUUGUUGGGUUCCAUUUAUACGUAAGGUGAAGUACAUCAAGAGAAAGUUGAUGAUUGGAGCUGACCACUUUAAUAGGGAUCCUAAGAAAGGUCUAGAAUUUCUUCAAGGAAUGCAUUUGUUGCCUGAGAAACUUGACCCUCCGAGUGUGGCAUGCUUUUUCAGGUACACGGCUGGGUUAGAUAGGAAUCUUGUUGGGGAUUAUCUAGGAAAUCACGAUGAAUUUUGUGUUCAGGUGCUUCAUGAAUUUGCUAGGACUUUUGAUUUCCGAGAGAUGAAUUUAGAUACUGCAUUGCGUCUUUUCUUGGGAACUUUUAGAUUGCCUGGAGAAUCCCAAAAAAUACACAGGGUGCUUGAGGCAUUUUCAGAAAGAUAUUAUGAGCAGUCACCACAUAUAUUAGUGAAUAAAGAUGUUGCUCUCGUGUUGUCAUAUUCACUUAUAAUGCUUAACACAGAUCAGCACAAUACACAGGUUAAGAAAAAGAUGACUGAAGAAGACUUUAUCCGUAAUAAUAGGAGAAUCAAUGGAGGGAAAGAUCUUCCUCGUGAGUUCUUGUCGGAGCUUUACCACUCAAUCUGUGAGAAUGAAAUCCAGAUGAUCCCUGACCAAAGUACUGGGUUUCCAGCGAUGGCAUCGAGCCGUUGGAUUAAUGUGAUGCACAAAUCUAAAAAUGUCUCUCCUUUCAUUAUCUGUGACUCUAGAGAGCUCCUCAUCCACGACAUGUUUGCUAUCCUGUCAGGUCCAACCAUUGCUGCCAUUUCAGUGGUUUUUGAUCAGGUGGAGCACGAAGAUGUUUUACAAACUUGCAUUGAUGGAUUCUUGUCUAUCGCCAAAAUUGCAGCAUGUUAUCACCUCAAUGAUGUAUUGGAUGACUUGAUCGUGUCUCUCUGUAAGUUCACAACCCUCUUGACUCCAUUAUCUGUAGAGGAAGCUAUUGUUGCUCUUGGAGAUUACACCAAAGUCAGGAUGGCAACCGCCACGGUUUUCACUAUAGCAAAUAGUUAUGGUGACUAUAUCCGUUCUGGCUGGAAGAACAUACUGGACUGUGUCUUAAGCUUGCACAAGCUUGGCCUUGUACCUACGAGCCUGGCUAGUGAUGCAGUGCCUGAUAUGGAGCCCUCUUCUGAUUCAGAGCGGGGGAAACCUGCUACUACUUCCUUGUCAAUAUCAAAUGUGCCAUCUGUGCCCACUCGUAAAUCAUCUGGCCUGAUGGGCCGGUUCAGCCAGCUCUUAUCUUUUGAUAUUGAAGAGCCAAUGACACAACCAACAGAAGAACAACUUGCAGCUCAGCAACGCACUCGCGAGACUAUACAGACUUGCCACAUUGACAGCAUUUUUACAGAGAGCAAGUUUCUCCAAGCUGAGUCUUUGUUGCAGCUUGUGAAGGCCCUUAUCUUGGCCGCAGACCGACUCCGUAAGGGAACUAGCUCUGUUGAUGAUGAAGACACUGCAGUAUUCUGCCUGGAGUUGCUGAUUGCAAUUACGCUGAAUAACCGAGACAGGAUAAUGCUUAUCUGGCAAGGUGUUUACGAGCACAUAUCUGAUAUUGUUCAGUCGACCAUUAUGCCUUGCACCCUGGUGGAAAAGGCGGUGUUUGGGCUCCUUAAGAUAUGCCAGCGUCUGCUUCCCUAUAAGGAAAACCUGACUGAUGAACUCCUCAGGUCACUGCAAGUGGUUUUAAAACUUGACGCUCGGGUUGCUGAUGCUUAUUGUGAACACAUCACACAAGAAGUUAUGCGCCUUGUAAAAGCAAAUGCAACUCAUAUCCGAUCCCAUGUGGGUUGGCGCACUAUUAUUUCCUUGCUAUCUAUCACAGCUCGGCAUCCAGAAGCAUCUGAAGUGGGGUUUGAGGCGCUAGCAUUUAUUAUGUCUGAUGGAGCACACCUUCUGCCAUCUAAUUAUGUUCUUUGUGUGGAUGCAGCAAGGCAGUUUGGCGAGUCUAGGGUUGGGGAGGUUGAUCGGUCUGUUUCUGCCCUAGAUAUGAUGGCAGGUUCUGUUGUUUGUCUAGUAAGGUGGUCUUGCGAGACUACAAUUGCUGUGGGUGAGGCGGCUGCUACGAAAGUUAAGCAAGAUAUCGGGGAGAUGUGGCUAAGGCUUGUGCAGGGUUUGAGGAAAGUGUGUUUGGACCAGAGAGAAGAAGUGAGGAACCAUGCUAUUUUAAUGUUACAGAGGUCUUUUGCAGGAGUGGAUGGGAUUCACCUUCCUAAUACCUUGUGGUUGCAGUGUUUUGAUGUGGUGAUCUUCACACUGCUUGACGAUUUAGUGGAAAUUGCGCUGGGUAACUCUCCAAAGGACUACCGAAAUAUGGAGGGAACACUUGUUAUAGCCAUGAAACUCAUGUCGAAAGUGUUCUUACAGUUACUGUUGGAUCUCUGGCAGUUACCUUCUUUCUGCAAACUAUGGCUGGGGGUUCUUAAUCGUAUGGAGAGAUAUAUGAACAUAAAAUUCAGGGGAAGGCGUAGUGAGAAGAUUCAUGAAUUAAUUCCUGAGCUUCUCAAGAACACCCUACUUGUGAUGAAGACCACAGGAUUACUCUCACCCAGUGAUACAAUUGGGGGGGAUAGUUUUUGGCAACUGACAUGGUUGCAUGUGAAGAAUAUAUCCCCUUCGUUGCAAUCGGAAGUGUUCCCUGCACCUGAAUUGGAGCAGCUGCAGAAAAAGCAAAUAAAAGCAGCGGGAGUUCCUGCACCUGAUGGGACUGUGCUUGUUCAGCCGAGUGAGACUACAGCAUGAAGAGAAUUUCGGCUUGGAGGAUUGCAGAUUAUAGUGCGUUUUGGAAAAUUUUAGAUGGCCUGAAAUAUGUGCCUUAUUGUUUGCCGAAAUUCAGGUAUAUACCAGCUUUACCAUGAAGGCGGUCUUCUGUGGUUGGAUGUUGAUAUCCACAGUUGAGAGUUUUAGAACUCACAGGAUUAAAUUUCUGGAGGAGAUGCAAACUGAUUAAAGGGAAAAGAAAAACUUCAGAAUCGAGUUCAUCGCUCGGUUCGAACAUCUUGUUUUUUGGCGCUAUUGCUGCUUUAGGGUUUAGGAGAGGAAUGGUUUGCUUUUCCUACUUAGAUCCUCAAUGCUGCUUUCCUUUUCCACCUCAUGAACUUAGGAGAGGAAUGGUUCCAUUGGAGUGUCUCUAGUGCCCGUUUGAUAUACCAAGGGAUCUGAGUAGAUCCCCUCCACUUGAAUUUUUGUAUUUGGCUCAUCAGUUUCUGUACCAAAACCAUCAAAUUGCACCAUUUUCCUCUGUAUACUUUUAGAGUCCCUACACUAAGAUAAUACAAUGGUUUAGUUGAGCUUGGAUUGUUUAAGCUUCA